CGCCGUGGUAGCGGAUCCUGUUCCUCUUCUUCCGGUUUCUGCACUGUGCAACUAUUUCAGUUAUAUUUUUAAUUAACGAUGCCAAGUACUUGUUGUUGUGUACCUGGAUGUCAUUUAAGAGGAGGACAUGCAUUUCCAAAUGACUUAAAAAGAAAGGAAAAGUUGGAUCAACGCCAUGGCCCAUACGCAGAUUGGACGAGAACACGAUGAUAUCGUGGAGUCCAUCUCAAUCAGCUGUUGUUUGCAAGUCACGUUUUACUGAAAAAGACUACGUGCAGGAAACUAUUCAUGGGCGCAAACCCAACAUACAGAGACUUAAGUCUACUGCAAUUCCCAGCCUAUUUUCCUGGACCAAGCAAGAGACUGAAUCGUCCGCAAAAAGAAAAAUCAGGGCAGUUUCCUGUGAAAGCAAAAGAACUAAACUUGAUGAAUAUUGUAGUAGAAAUCUAGAGGAAAGUUUUGAUUGUAAAGUUGGUUUUCCUGAAGAAGUCAUUCAUACUGCAGAAAGGAUUUAUGACUGUCCACCACCAACUGCUGAGUUAAUGUUGAGCCUCACAGAUGGAAUUACGCAAACACCAUCAAUGCCUAUGUUUUCAGCAGAGAAUUUUGAAAUGAAGACACGUGACACAGCCAUGCAUUUUUAUACCGGUUUAGAGUUGUAUACUAAAUUUUUAUUUGUUUUGACCACACUUGGUCCAGCAGCACAUUGUUUGAGAUACAUAUAUUUUCAAAUUGAUAGGGUGUCAGUUGAAAAUCAGUUUUUUUAUGACUUUGAUGAAAUUGAGGCAUCAUACAACCAACUUUGAACUGUCUAGAUUCUAGAUUGAAUCUAGUGUUAUGAAUAUUGUGUAUACAUGC